AGACUGGACCCAGGAGAGCUCCAGUAUGCAUACACUAUGAUGUUCGCCAUAGAGGAGAUCAACAACAGCUCGGAGCUGCUGCCAGGGUUGACACUCGGCUACACGAUCUUUGACUCCUGCCCCAGUAUCCCUCUGUCCAUCAAGGCGUCAUUAAACCUGAUGAACAGGUAUGCCAGUGGGGAAGUAAGCUGCCCCGGACUCUCCAAUGUACAUGCAGUCAUAGGAGAAACCACAUCUACCUCCACAAUAGGUAUUGCACGCACUGUGGGACCCUUCCAUAUACCUGUGAUCAGUCACUCAGCUACUUGUGCAUGUCUUAGUAACAGAAGGGAUUACCCGUCCUUCUUCAGAACGAUACCAAGUGACAUUUACCAGAGCAAAGCGUUGGCAAAGCUGGUAAAACACUUUGGCUGGACCUGGGUGGGGGCUAUCAGAACUAACAGUGACUAUGGAAAUGGUGGCAUGGCCACGUUCCUGGAAGCAGCUAAAAAGGAAGGUGUAUGUGUUGAGUACUCGGUGGCUAUUUACAGGACUGACCCCAGAAAGCGGUUCUUAGAGGUGGUUGAUAUUAUAAAGAAAUCCACGUCUAAAGUGAUCGUGGCAUUCGCUGAUGGCACAGAUCUUGACAUUCUCAUCAAAGAGCUUCAUGCUCAGAAUGUGACCGGCCUGCAGUGGGUGGGCAGUGAGGGCUGGAUCACAUAUCGCUAUAUUGCCUCUCCUGUCAACUACGCCGUGGUUCAGGGGGCAGUAGGCUUUGCGGCACUCAACGCUCACAUCCCUGGAUUACAGGAGUUCCUGGUCGACAGCAGACCCUCGACCACACCAGGAGACCGGGGACUGCUGGAGCUGUGGGAGAAGGUGUUCAGCUGCACCCUGACUCCCCAUGCAGAGACUCAGGGUUCAGUGGCAGCGUGCACUGGAAAGGAGUCUCUGCGGGAUACAAACACACGCUUCACUGAUGUUUCAGACGCUAGUCUGCUGAAUAAUGUUUACAAGGCUACAUACGCUGUAGGCCAUGCACUGCACAUGCUGUUUACCUGCAAAGAUGGACAGGGGCCUUUUGAGAACAACACCUGUGCUGACAGGGAAAAUAUUCAAUCAUGGCAGGUGCUGCAUUAUCUGACUCAGGUGAAUUUCACCACUAAGAUUGGUGAAAAUGUGUUCUUUGAUGAGUUGGGGGACCCUGUGGCACGUUACGCUCUGGUAAACUGGCAGAUGGGUGAGACAGGUUACAUACUCUUUGAGACCAUUGGUUACUAUGAUGCUUCCCAUCCUGAGGGUCAGCAGUUUGAGAUGAAAGGAGACAGAAAAGCCGUCUGGGCAGAUGAGAGUCUUGAGGUGCCACGGUCCAUUUGCAGUGAAAGGUGUUUGCCAGGGACCCGUCGGGCUUUUGUGAAGGGCAAACCUAUCUGCUGCUUCGAUUGCAUCAUCUGUGCUGAAGGGGAGUUCAGCAACAGUACAAAUGCAGUGAAAUGUGACAAAUGUCCGCCCGACUACAAGUCCAAUGAAGAGAGGAACAGCUGUGACUUGAAAGUCAUCGAGUUCCUCACCUUCAGAGAACUCAUGGGUAUACUGUUGGUCACUUUCUCGGUCUUCGGGGCGUGUCUGGCGAUGACAAUAGCCUUGAUUUUUUUCCACUACAGGCAGACUCCCAUUGUCAGAGCCAACAACUCUGAGCUGAGCUUCCUGCUGCUCUUCUCCUUGACUCUGUGUUUCCUGUGCUCUCUGACCUUCAUUGGCCGGCCGUCAGAGUGGUCCUGCAUGCUGAGACACACUGCGUUCGGCAUCACCUUUGUCCUCUGUAUCUCUUGUGUUCUGGGGAAAACCAUAGUUGUAUUAAUGGCCUUUAAAGCGACACUUCCAGGCAGUAAUGUGAUGAAAUGGUUUGGACCCGCACAGCAGAGACUCAGCGUUCUGGCUUUCACUCUCAUACAGGUUUUAAUUUGUAUUCUGUGGCUGACGAUCAAACCUCCAUUUCCCUUAAAAAAUACAGAACACUAUAAAGAGAAGAUUAUACUGGAGUGUGCUCUGGGUUCACCUGUCGGCUUCUGGGCUGUGUUAGGAUACAUAGGACUCUUAGCUUUGUUAUGUUUUUUUCUCGCCUUUUUGGCUCGAAAGUUGCCAGAUAAUUUUAACGAAGCUAAGUUCAUCACGUUCAGCAUGUUAAUAUUCUGUGCAGUCUGGAUCACAUUUAUUCCGGCUUAUGUCAGCUCACCUGGAAAAUUCACUGUGGCUGUGGAGAUAUUUGCUAUUUUAGCCUCUAGUUAUGGACUUCUCUUCUGCAUUUUUAUUCCCAAGUGUUACAUCAUUUUAUUGAAACCUGAGAACAAUACAAAGAAACAUUUAAUGGGUAAAUUGACCCCAAGAGACCUUUAA